UUCCUCCAUCUGUUCCACCUCCUCCCUACCUGUCUGAAAUGGGCGUGUUUUUCGCCCGAAGAAGCCUCAUUCCUGGUUCAUUCCACUUCACAAGAAAUUUCUAGGAAUAGCUCACCUACAGAAAACUUUAAACCAAGAACAUGGCCAUGAUCACAGGCGCAGAGUACGGAGAAACAUCAUGGGAGCUGUCCGUGCAGGUGGAUCAAAAAGAGGGAGAUGAGUCCAUGAAAUUUAAGCUGAGGGUGAAGGGAGACUUGCACGUUGGAGGCCUCAUGCUUAAGCUGGUGGAGAAGAUCAGAGCUCCUCAAGACUGGUCAGACCAUGCCCUGUGGUGGGAACAGAGGAAAUGCUGGCUGCUCAAGACCCACUGGACCUUGGACAAGUAUGGAAUUCAGGCUGAUGCUGACCUGCGCUAUACGCCACAGCACAAACCGCUGUUGCUGCAGCUCCCCAAUAUGAAAACCAUCAAAAUGACCGUCAGCUUCUCCAAUGUGGUCUUCAAGGCGGUGGCGGAGAUCUGUCAACUACUCAACAUCAGAAGAUCAGAGGAACUGUCCCUGCUGAAGCUUCCAGAUGAUCCCUCCAAGAAGAAGAAGAAGAAAGACAAGAACUCAGCACAGAAUGACAUCUGGGACAUAGAUUUACCUAGCGGGGGACCAGGUGGCACAGGCCCCAUGUACAGUAAGACCAUGACAGCCACCUACGACCCAGAGAACGGGAUGCCAGUGUCUGCCACGAGCCUUUGGUUUGGAGAAAACCCACUAGCCGACUCCCUGCCAAACUUGCCGCCUACUGAGCUGGCCAAGAUGUACCAGCCGCUCUCGCUAGUGGACAAAGCAACCAACAACGCAGGGUGGUUGGACUCGUCUCGUUCUCUUAUGGAGCAAGACAUCCAAGAUGAAGAAAAGCUAUUGCUUCGCUUCAAGUACAAUGUCUUCUUUGACCUCAAUCCUAAAUAUGAUGCUGUCAGAAUAACCCAGCUGUAUGAGCAAGCUCGCUGGGCCAUCCUGCUGGAGGAGAUAGACUGCACCGAGGAGGAAAUGCUGAUGUUUGCUUCAUUACAGUAUCACAUUUGUAAACUGACCAUGUCAAGUGAACCACUGGACCACUCCAACGAACCAGAAAUAGAUGAAGUAGAGGCUGCCCUGUCCAACUUGGAGGUGACACUUGAAGGCGGACAUGCAGACAGAAUUCUGGAAGACAUUACAGACAUUCCACAGCUGGCAGAUUCCCUCCGGCUGUUUAGGCCCAAAAGACUAACGCUGCGGCCGUACAAAGAGUACUGGUUUGUAUUCAAGGACACCACCAUCUCCUACUACAAGAACAAGGAGACCUCCAGUGGAGAACCCAUAGAGCAGUUUCAUCUCCGAGGUUGUGAUGUCGUCCCUGAUGUCAACGUAACAGACAAGAAGUUCGGCAUCAAGCUCCUGCUCCCAGUUGCUGACGGGAUGAAUGAGGUGUACAUCCGAUGUGACAAUGAAACACAGUACGCCAAGUGGAAAGCUGCAUGUAUCCUGGCCUCCAAGGGCAAGACAAUGGCCUACAGCUCCUACAAAUCAGAAGUGAGGAACAUCCAGUCCUUUCUGCAAAUGAAGAGCCUGGCGCCCCCUCCUGGUCAGGCGGCUCCUGACCUUGACGCUAUGGAGAUGAAUUCUGAAAGUUUUGUUUCUCCACGCUACGCCAAGAAGCACAAGACCAAACAGCUAACAGCACGUAUCCUGGAGGCCCAUCAGAACAUAGCACGGCUGUCCCUAGUGGAGGCCAAGAUGCGCUUUAUCCAGGCCUGGCAGUCGCUUCCAGAGUUUGGUAUCAACUACUACAUUGUCAGAUUCAAAGGCAGCAAGAAGGAUGAGAUUCUGGGGAUCUCAUACAACCGUCUGAUUCGUAUUGACAUGUCCUCUGGUCUGCCUGUCACCACAUGGAGGUUCGCCAACGUGAAGCAGUGGAACGUUAACUGGGAGAUAAGACAGGUGACCAUAGAGUUCGACCAGAGUGUGUCAAUAGCCUUCUGCUGUUUGAGCUGUGACUGCAAGGUGGUCCAUGAGUUCAUUGGCGGUUACAUCUUCCUCUCCACAAGAUCUAAAGACCAGAACGAGACGCUAGAUGAAGACCUGUUCCAUAAACUUACUGGAGGCCAAGAAUGAGCUCUGUGCUUCUUAUAGUACAGCUGUUUAUUUACAUACAUGUUACAAUGUGAAAGUACAGAAGUCAUCUACUGUAAAAGAGGUAACCCUGAACACUGAGCAAAUCCCUGCCAAAGAAAAUGUAAUACUAUGUAAUACACUUACAGAACAACAAUAGCAUCAAUUUGUCAUUAUAUAUCCUGCUGUAAACAGUUAUAGCAAUGUACCCAAUGGUGGUUCUUGAUGUAAAUAUGUAGUCAAGAUUUGUCUUUCUCGUGGAUGAACUGAUGUUUGUAGGAAUUAAGCUUUUUUUUACGUAAAGACGUCCUCGUUUCCAACAGAAAAACAGUUUGUAAAAAUCAUUAAAGGGUGUUGUUAUAGUCAGAACUACGUUUUUACAUUGAAGGUUAAAUUCAUCUUAAUACAUAGACUGUAAUGAGCUUUAUUGCUUACACUGAUUAAAUGUAAUUUCACAAAUAUACUAUGUGCUUGAAGAAAACUGUAUUCAUGGUAGACAUAGAAUCUGUUUUUUUUUUCUUCUGUUCAUGGUAAUGUGAUAAGGAAAUGUCAUGCUUAAUUUUGUAAUAGCUACUGUAUGGAAUGCAUAUACAGCCAUACUCAGUGUUAACUGCUGAGAAAACGGUCUGAAAGGAGAAGCUUCAAAAUUCACAAGAAACUAUGUGACUUACAACCUGCUUUCAGAAACACUGAAAGCUUCAGAACAUGCUUUAAGACAUUCUUCUCAGCUGGAACACUAAUGCUUUUUUUUUUUAACCCUCCAAGGUGGCUGAACCUCUGUCGUUUUAAUGUAAUGGCAUGACAUCUGUUCCAUAUUGGGAGCACACAACCCUAAAUUGCAUUAGAAUAUAUAAAAAUUUCAUUACAAAUUGCCCUGUACUGAACUGCAGUCACAAUGUUUGAAACAUUUCAACCCACAGUCACCAUUUUGACAAAACUUAACUAAACACUACAGUAAUGCUAACUUUAAUAUAACUUAUAGCUUUGGACUGAAGUCACUAUGACUUACUGUCUGAUUGUUGUUGGGUCAUUUGAAAAUUACUUGAGACUUGCUGGUGACUUAAGAUGUCUCCCAGGUUGAAUCAUUUAUUUCAAUUUAACCAAAUCCUGUUAUUUCUUGUGCAGUAUAGGAUGCUCUCUUUUGCUCUUUCAACCGCCUCACUGCUACAUUACUGUACACUAGUGGUGGGCAGGUGGAGUUGGCACACCAUUUAAAAGCAGUUAUAAACACCAGAUUGUGGCCCCAUGGUGGGAAAUGAAACACACCCACCCAGGCUGGAUGAUGACGUGGUUACACAUCUGCCAUGUUUGCACCCUUUAAACUGUUAACUGUGUUGAAAUGCAAUCCAGCAGUAUCAGCUCCCAUGUCAUUAGGAAGGCUGUUAAGUGUAUUCUUUUAUAUAACUACAUAAUAAAAUCCAGCUUGAAUCCAA